UAACACUGAACAUCGGACGAAUAGUCAAAAAAAAGAAAAAAAUCAAGAGAUAUCAUUCAAAUUAUAAUGGGAUAGAUAUGAUGCCUUCUAGUGAAUAUCGGACGAAUAGCCAAAAAAGAAAGAAAUCAAGAGAUAUCAUUCAAAUUAUGAUGGGAGCAUAGAUUAUCUAAGUGUUAAAAAAAGCUUCCAAAUUAGUGGAGCACGAAACCAAGUGGGAAAUAAAAAGGGAAAGGAAACAAAACUUAAUUUAAUAAUAAAAAGGGAAUCCAAAAUAAUCAAUCCACCUUUGGGCUCCUCUCAACAACUUAAUUAUGAUGGUAUAUUGGAGUUCCUCUUUAGCUAUUUACUUCAACUUCUCUAUCAAUCCCAUCUUUUUUAUUGUUGAAGUUCCUGUUUGCUGAAGUUUUAAAGGAUCCCAAUAACAAAGUAGAAAUGGAACCUGUUCAAGCUUUGUUGGCAUAGAGCUAUCAUCCAGAUAUUAUUUUGAUCUUGACAACUUGAAAGGACAAACUUACUUUGGUUUGACUAGUGAAAACAAACUGCAUACAUGGAAAGAGGAAAAAGAAACAGCUCAUCGGUGUCAUCUGCUGUGCUUCGUGAAGACAUUGUCAAUCUUCGUGAUUUCAUAGAGAGGUUAAGGAUUGAAGAGGAUCAAACUGUUCUUGAAAAGCUGA